ACAACAAAGGAGUCUGCUCCUUGACAACGGUUGAUUUAUGGAUGUUUGCCCAACUUUCCUUGCACACAUCAGUCCAUUAGAACUUGAGUGUUGAUCUUUUCAAUAUCAUCAAGUCUAUCGUAUUUGUCGCGAUUUAUUCACCCAGAGAAUGAAUCUUUUUCAUUAUAUCUGGACGGUUUUAAUAACCCUCCAACUAAUCGCCGGUGAGACAGAACAUCACCUGAGCUCAAUAUUUCUUUCGGGUGAGUAUACCAAUUACUGUCAGCUGCAAUGUCCCGGCACACCGAAACACACACUUUGUGAAACACCUUCCGAGCCUAACAGAUCUUUGGAACAGUGUGAAAACUUCCAGCAACUACUCGAAAGUUCUGAGCUGUUGGCGAACCUGCUGAACGCACACAAUGGUGUCCGCAACAGGUAUGCGUUGCGACGCUCAAUAACCAACAUGAAGAAGCUUGUGUGGGAUAAUGAACUGGCCCACAUGGCACGGUUACAUCUUGCCUCCUGUCAACGGUACCAGCUCGAUCCCUGUACACUGCUCGACAACCCCAACAUUUACAGCCGGGAUUAUCGAAAUGUGCGUCAAAGCAAGGCGUUCGUCAUCGAGCGUUACCUCCCCAAGUACUACGCUAUCGAUGUCCUACGCAGCUGGUACCUGCAGAAGGCUGAGACACCGUCCCCAAAGGUGACGGGCGACCAUCAGCUGCAGCAAGUUGCGCUGAACAAUUUCACCCUGUUAACCUGGGCCAGUCUCGAGCGGGUGGGAUGUGCCGCGGCCAAGUACUGCGAUGGAUUCCAGCUGGUGUGCAACUACUUUCCCUUCUACUCGCUCGCCGAAUCGAGCGCGGAGCUUGGCCCACCGGCAACCCGAUGCCCACGAACAUUUCCACUGCGUAGUAAAAUCUUCGAUGGACUGUGUACGUUCGAGAUGGACGCUGGAGUGCGUUGGAAGUCGUCGAGCCUGGCAAUGCUUCCGUUAAUGCUACUCUGUCUGUGGCGAACGGUGGAUGGCGGGCUAAGCAUCUAGUGCAUCAUACUUACGGGU